UUGAUUUUGUUUAUGCCAUAAUUUGUCACAGAGAUUUAGAAAAUUCGAGUUUGUUUUACAAUUUACUCUAAAAUAACAAAAUUACAAUGCUUUGUUAUCGUUUUUGAGUGAUUAAUCACUGUACAGUGGUCGUGUAAGUCGUUAGUUAAUUGGUUCACAGUCCGAGAACAAUGUCCCUUGGCAGGGCUACGUGUGUUGUGUGUGUGUCCCUCAACAAGCUGUCAAAUGGUUGGUAGACGGGCUGCGAGACGGGUCGCUGGUCGCACGCUCACUGCUCUCCGUCUACGACUCCCUUCGGGAUCGCGCUAUGCCCUAUUAGAGGCAGUCGUCCAUCAAAACUUCUAGUCCGAUUCUUCCAUUAAUAUUAGUCAACCCUGGAGGGUAGUGGUGGAACAUUUUGAAAUAAUCAGUUGGUGUUGAGUGGACAAUGUUCGACGACUCGUACGAGCGGCGGCUGCUGCAGCAGUGCAGCCCGGUGAGCAAGAAGGCGUCGGUGCUGGUGCGGCCGGAGCCCAUGGACCGGUUCAUCCCGUGCCGGCUGGACAACAACUGGAAGACCAGCUUUCAAGCAAUCCGCCGCGGCACCGAGAACCAGCCAGCAAAAAAGCCCCGCGGCGACGGCGGGGGCGGCGAGGGCGCGGGCGGGGGGCGCGACCACCUCGCCUACGACUGUCUGCUCCGCAACGAGCUGCUGAAGGCUCAGAUCGAGGAGCUGCGCGGCCCGCCGGCCACCUGCGCUGAUGGCGGCCGCGCGGCGCUGGGCGCGGUGCAGCUGGCGUCGCAGGCCCGCGCCGCGCUGGCUUAUUCGCCGCCGGUGUUCCGGUUUCGCGCGCCCGCUUUCAAUUCUGAGGAGAACAUAGACCCGUCACCCUACAGCCUGUCCCCCCUCUCGGCCAAGUCGCAGAAACUCCUCCGCUCUCCGCGCAAGGCCACUCGCAAGAUCUCUCGCAUCCCGUUCAAGGUGCUCGACGCCCCGGAGUUGCAAGACGACUUCUACCUGAACCUGGUGGACUGGUCUGCGCAGAAUGUGCUGUCCGUGGGGCUGGGGAGCUGUGUGUACCUGUGGAGCGCUUGUACUAGUCAGGUGACCCGCCUCUGCGACCUGUCGGCGGAGGGCAACGCGGUGACGUCGGUGGCGUGGAGCGAGCGCGGCCAGCACGUGGCCGUGGGCACGCAGAAGGGACACAUCAGCGUGUGGGACGUGGCCGUCAACAAGGAGGUGACAAAGCUGCAGGGUCACAUCGCGCGGGUGGGCGCGCUGGCGUGGAACGGAGACAUGCUGAGCUCGGGCUCGCGCGACCGACACAUCCGACAGAGAGAUACGAGGACGCCACCGGUGCAAUCAUCGCGCAUCCUACAAGGCCACAGACAGGAGGUGUGCGGGCUGAAGUGGUCGCCCGACGGACAGUCGCUCGCGUCCGGCGGCAACGACAACAAACUCUUCGUGUGGUCUAUGCACUCCACAUCCCCGGUACAGACGUACGGCGCGCACGUGGCAGCAGUGAAGGCGAUCGCGUGGUCGCCGCACCAGCACGGGCUGCUGGCGUCGGGCGGCGGCACCGCCGACCGCUGCAUCCGCUUCUGGAACACGCUCACUGCGCAGCCGAUGCACUGUGUCGAUACUGGCUCGCAGGUGUGCAACCUGGCGUGGUCGAAGCACUCGAGCGAGCUGGUGUCCACGCACGGCUACUCGCAGAACCAGAUCCUCGUGUGGAAGUACCCCUCGCUCACGCAGGUGGCGAAACUAACGGGUCACUCGUACCGCGUGCUGUACCUGGCGCUGUCCCCGGACGGCGAGGCCAUCGUGACCGGCGCCGGCGACGAGACGCUCCGCUUCUGGAACGUCUUCUCCAAGACUCCCUCGCACAAGGAGAACAAGAGCGUUCUCAACCUGUACACAGCCCUCAGAUAAACUGUGGAAAAAAGACAUGCACCGUGAAAAACCUAAGUGGUAAAAGUGUCACCUUGAAAAACCUAGUUAAUGUGGGUGUUGCCAGGUGAAAAAACAAACUCGAGGCAUAGACAAUAUUAUUUUGUGCCAGUGAACGCUUCGACCAAAUGUUGCAUCAAGAUUGUAAAAUGACUGAGAAUGGUCUUUAUAUUUAUUUUUAGUUUACUUUUAGAGGUCUAUUUGUGUCGGUGACACAAUGUUUACAUUCUGAUGCCGAUACAUAUAGAGAACAUUGGUUUUGUAAAUAAAAUUAUUUAUAUGGAUUAGUUUAUAAAAGGUUUGAAAAAUUAUGUAUGAUAGAGAAAGCCAUACGAAAAGUUUGCCUUUUCUGUCAUACAUAAUACCUGAGUAUUUUUGUGACUUACUUUAGAUCAUCAUUUAAGUAACUUGAAGUUACAUUACGUAUUAUACAUUAAAAAAAUAAUUAUUAGGAUGGAACGAUGCACGUUUUAUAAAAAUCCUAAUGAAUGAUACUUUCAAUUCAAUGUGAAUAAAAGCUGGACUAGAAACAUACUACUAGUACAAUAUCUGCCACAUAGCAGUAUUUAUGGUAUUUUUAUAUACUUUAUACAUACGUUUGUGUAUACUAUAUACCGAUUGUUUAUUUUGUGUUUAGAAAGAAACUUUACAUUGAGUUUCUAACUAAAAUUGUUUGCUUUUCGAAUAAUUUACCCGGACAUAAAAUCUAUUGAUUGUUAAUGAAUUUUUAAAUAAUGUUUAGCCAAUUUAGCUAUCGAUUUUCGUUGAUUUUUGGCCUGAUGAUAGCUUUGCUCGCUCCAUAGUGUUUUGUUUUCGCGGCAAUAUAUUUGAAAUAUAUAUUGUAUACCAACUUAAAAAAUACAGUUUUUCAUGAUAAAUUACUCUACCCCUCGUAUUCAUAGAACGAGUUUACGAGAGCUUCCGAAAUCAGAGUCUUUGUAUCGAUUAGAAAAUAAAAAGUCGGAGCGCUUCGUCUAUGAAUACGGUAAAUAAAUUAAUAGAUUUUUUUAAUAUUCAAAAUAUUAAUUGUAUGUAUUGUUUUUCUGUUCCAGCAAUUUCAUAGCGGCGUUUAGUAUCUCAUUUUUCAGUUGAGAAAAAUAGUUGUCUAUUCAAUGUUUAAUAAUGCAAACGAUCUCUAAUUUUCUUAAUUGUUUGUAUGAGAUGUGCAAAAGUAGCAGAUCCACACAAAUGAAUGUCACGGCGAAUGAAUUAUAAUUACUAUAAAUAUAGAAAUGAUGAGAAAUAUUGCUAUAUUUCCUGAUUUCAGAUCUUGGUGCCUCCAAGGUGUCUUGAAAUAUAAGUAAUAGUUUCUCAUUAAUUUAGAGUUAAUUAAGGUUUCUGAUAAUUUGUAUGUGUAUAUUUGGAAAUUGUGUUACUAACUUGUGUCACCCAUCAGAAGUGUAAUGUAAUUAUUAGAUUUUGAAACUUAUUUGAAAUGAGACUGGUAAUUGACUAUUGUGAUACAGUCGCCUUCAUAAUUUGCCCUUUUGUACCUUGUAAAAUAAAAAUAAACUGGCUAAUGUUUGAUAGGUAGUUUAUGAGUUGGCCAAGGUACAAAAGUGUAUGGCUACUUAUAAAGCUGACUGUAUCAUAGCGUGUGCUUCGUUUCCUCUGAUGUAAGGUUCAAAAUCACUUUUGUUGUUAAUAUUUAGGGGCACCUCGUUUUGAUCUCAUAAAAAUGAAGGUAGGUAUUGGCAGCCAUUCGCAUUUAUUACAGAAGUAUUUUCUCUCUUGUCUCCGCUGUUUCUUUUUAAAUUCUGAGUUAAAAAUAUAUAUUUUAUUUACUUCAAAUAAAUGUACAUACUAUUCGAUUGUUUCUACCAGUAGGUUACUACUUUUCAGGCAUAUAUGUUUUGUGAAUUAACUAUUUCUUGAUUUAUACUAUUUUAGAUUUAAUUUAGCUUUUAAAAUAUAAAUUUAGAAACGUAGAUACCCGGGGUGCCCCUUCAUAUUUCAAAACAUUGUAAAUUGGAA